AUGGGCUGCCAGGGCUCGUCUGCUUCAGGGCACGUUGCCUGCACAGCAGGCCAAACGAGGGCGCCCCUGGAGGCCCCAGUGUGGCAGAAGGGCGGAGUCGUUGGCUUCAUGGACCUCAAUCCUGUCCAGAUUCUGCGGGACAACAUGGUCGCCGCGCUGGUGACCAGGAUUGCCAUGGAGAACGAGCCGUACUUCGACGACUACCUCGAGAUCGACAUGCCCGAGGCCAUGCGGGAAGCCGGGCUGGAGGUGGUGGAGGAGUCGUGGCCCGCCAAGGCGACGUGGAAGACGGCGGAGGACGCGUCCCUGAGGCCGGGCGACUACAGCCUGUGCGAGUCUGGGGGCCGCGGGCCGGGCCUCCUGGAGCUGUGGAUGCGGAUGCUGCCGCGCGGUGCGACGAGUCGCAAGGUAGGCCGCGGCGCUCGCCUCGCCUCGGCGGCCUCCGCGGCGGCCGCGGCAGCGGCGGACGCAAGUGGGCAGAAUGGCUCGGACACAAGGCGCCGAAUUCUCCGCGCGGGAGCCUCCGACCAGUACUCGCUGUCCGGGUCUUUCGCGGGUUUGGCAGGCGUGGGAGUCUGGGAAGAGUCUGGUGGCGGCGCCGCCAGGACGGCCUACCAGUCCACCGCCAGACGGCGCGUCUGCGCAGCAGCCUCGUCCCUGGGCAGCUUCGCCACGUGCUCGAGUGCGGCGGUCGGGCACGUGGCACCGACAGAGCCCGACGAGCGGCAGCUGCUCUGCAACCUCCUGGCCUGGGGCAGGGAGGCGAGGCCGCGGACCCGCCGGGCCGCGCCGACUGCGGCGAGGGGGCUGGGCCAGGGCACCCGGACACGCUGGCAAGCGGCGACCUGUUCCUGUACAGCCCCUUCGGCCUCGCGGCCUUCGAUCCCCGCCGGGUGGGCGCGGCCCUGGGGAGCGCGCGCUCGUUUGCGUGGGGGGCCUCACCGACGGGCUGCUCAGCCUGCGGUACCUGCCCGCCCUGGCCGAGGCCGCGCGCGCGGCGGGCUGGCGCGUGGUGCAGCCCGUGCUCUCGAGCAGCUACCGCGGCUGGGGCGUCGGCAGCCUCGACGAGGAGACUGCCAGGAGCUCGACGUGCUGCUGCGGUUCCUGGCAGACCGGCGGGGCGUGCGCCAGGUCGCCAUCCUCGGCUCGUCCACGGGCUGCCAGGACGCGGUGCGGUACCUCGCGCGGGGCGCCGAGGCGCGCCGCGUCGUGGCCCUGGUGCUGCAGGCGCCGGUGAGCGACCGGGAGGCGCGGCUGGUCGACUCGACGCCCGAGAAGGAGCAGGCCGUGCAGAGGUGCCGGGCGCAGGCCGCGGCCCUCAUCGCUGCGGGGCGCGGGCAGGAGGCGAUGCCCCGGGAGGCCAACCCGCUGCUGGGCCCUCCGGACCACCCGGUCUCGGCCUACCGGUUCGACUCGCUGACGGGGCGGCUGACCGACGACGACAUGUUCUCCUCGGAUCUCACCGAGGAGGAGCUGGUGGGGAAGCUGGGCCACGUCGCCGUCCCCACCCUGCUGGUGGGCUCGGCGGACGAUGAGUACGUGCCUUCCUGGGUGGACAUGCCAGGGCUGCUCGGGCGCCUCUCUUCGGCCAUGGCAUCUGGCCAGGCUGGGGAGAACGAGGUAGUGAUCAUCAAGGAGGGUGGCCACGGCCUCAGCUCGGGUGACGCGCCCGGUCAGCUGUCGGCGGCCGUGGCCCGCUUCCUGGCGCGCCUGCCGCCGCCGCCGCCGCCGCUCUCCUGGGAGCCGCGUGCCGCGGAGGAGAUACGCGCCCGGCUGGUCUCGCGAGGCGCGGGGGAGCCCGGGCGGCCCCUGCUGGUGGCGCUGGCGGGGCCGCCGGGGUCUGGCAAGUCGACGGCGGCGGCGGCCCUCGGAGAGCUGCUGGGCGAGGCCUGCGUGGUGCUGGGCAUGGACGGCUUCCACUCCCCGCUCGCCGCGCUGCGCGCGCGCCCAGAUGCGGAGGAGGCCGUGUACCGGCGGAGGGCCGUCGACGGCACCCCGCUCAGGACGCCAUGUCGCGCGCACGGUGCUCCAGUGCGCGGGCACCGCGCGCCUGAGGCGCACCAGGGGGUGCAGAAGGUCAUCACGUUGGACGUCGAUUUCCCGAACCCUCCGCACGUGAAUGUGUGCCCGCUGGUGAAUGCAGAUGCGAAGGACGGGAACUCGAAUUUCACCAUGCUCGAGCUGCCAGCUACGAACGCCAGGGACUAUAAGUUCAAGCAGCACGGGCAUGACGCCCACGACGGCCAGGAUCCCACGCCCCAACACCGCUCCACCAAGCCGCUCACCUUCAUGGGCUGGGACCCAUUCCCCCCCAAGGGCGAGCCUGGCCGCCUGGACCACAUCUCUGACACGUGCCGCCACAUCCAGGCCCACGACGAGACCGAGUUCGGCCGCUACGUCCACGACCAGCUGCUCCACCACGAACUCACCGCCAUCAAUGCGCACACCGACGUGGGCUACACCCGCCUUCGCGCCCUCCUCCACGCACCCGACCACAUUCCGAUGCUCACGCAGAUCAAGAUAUCAUUCCGCUCCGACUGCCCCACCCAGAGCCCGAUCAAAUGGGACCACGGCAUCAUGGCUGCACGCUUGCAGACAGGCGAGAUGCGCGAAGAGUUCAUCCACGACGUUGCUCACCACAUCAACCACCACCGCGAGCUCUUCCGCGUCGUCAAGAUGGACCAGUUCACCACCCGCCACAACGCGCUUCUCAACCACAUCAUCAGUGCACCGCCGCGCUCGCCACCGACUCCACGAGAGGGGGGCCUCACCGCCACGUCUGCUCACGUCAGCCUCUACCUCGACGACCCCAAGUCUAUCGAGCGCCUCCUCGCACGCAGUGACGACCAACUGGCGCCGGUUGGCGAGAUCACGGGACCCCCCCCCCCCAGCAUCGAGGACAUCACGGCAGCGGCCGAGGAGCUGGAGCACAUCCAGAAACGGUUGUGGCAAGCGAGGCGCCGACGCUACAACCCGCCAUGGGGAUGGCCGUUGGAAGUCACCAUCCUGCCCUUGCACCCGCAGUAUAUCACGCGACCUGGCGCGCAGCGCAUUGGAAUUUGA